GCCUGUCAGUGUGUUUUGAAUUUAAUUUUAUUUUUAGUUGAUCUGAAUUAAUUUUCUGCACUAAAAUAUAUUCUUGAAAGGAAUCUAGUUGCCGUUGUGUUAAUAAUUCUGAAAAAUUAUACAGCAGUGCUUGUUAAAAAAAUGCAUGAUCUAAUGACUGAUUUUGAAACUGUUACCCCCGAUUUGUGGAUGGUAAACGAAGAGGGAUGGAAAGAAAAACUGUUGAAAUUACCGAAUUGGUUUCAGAUACCGCUAAUAAACUCGAAUGCUUCUCACAACUUGCCUGAUGGGACGCUGGUCCGUUUCCGAGGCAUGGUACAGGACAUGCACAACCCAGAGUUCUAUUUCGAGCAGUUUGAAGUGUUUAACACAGUCACAAAUGAUGUUAAAAAUAAAAGCGGCAAGUACAGGGAUACUGCUCAUAUACUGGAAAAUGAAAAAAUCAACUACACAGAAAACCUGAAAAGCUCACAGCGCCAAACUAUGGUAGUAGUAUCAAUGCCUGGUUUCAACGACUGGGCUCAAGACAUAGAAACCAGACAAAACCACUUAAAACAUCUGGAGCAACAACCGAAUUCUUCAAAACGUCUCAGUCACGCUAGUAUGAAGUUAAAACGUACUUACGAUGAGGCGGAAGAAGAUUCCGAUGCUAUGGAGGUAGUGGAUGAGACGGUUUCAACUAAGGAACCGAAAACAACUGAGACGGAGAACAGUACUGCUAAUGUGGUAUCUAGGGAGCAUUUGUUGAACUUCCCUCUGCCUGAUAUGCCUAGCAAGUCUUGUAUUGUUAAGCUCUACGAUGACAGUGAAAACGUGAAGCUGAAUGACAUGAUAGAAGUGGUAGGCUUCUUGUCAGUUGAUCCAGCGCUUUCCGGAGAGUUCCAACCAGAGAAGAAUCCUUUACUGGAACUUGAUACUGAGAGUGAAGUAGAAACUAUCACACACAACCCACCGCCUAGCUUAGUGCCUAGAUUACAUGCCGUUUAUGUGAAGAAAUUAGACCAUUGCAAUCCUUUGGUGAAGAACUUUGAUCAAGAAGCAGUAUUAAAAGAAGCUAAUUCAGCGAGGGAACAUUUGUUGAAAGCCCUAACUGAACUGUUACUGGGAGACAAACUAGCUGCUGAAUACCUGAUCUGCCAUCUAAUAGCUUGUAUAUAUCUACGACAAGAAACACUAGCUCUAGGCCAGUUCUGCCUGAACAUUUCGAACUUGCCCAUACAGAAGUACCCAAACUAUGCCAAGCAGUUGUAUGAGAUUAUCAAGCAGUUUGUCACAAAGAGCUAUUAUUUGCCUCUCACUAUCGAGAAUAUGAAUACACUCAGCUUGUUGCCAAAAAAAGACUACGAAUGCAACCGCUUAACCAGUGGGGUUCUCCAACUAAGCAAAGACACGCAUUUAAUCCUAGACGAGACGAAAAUGGAGCAAGGCCGUCUGGACGCGACCGGAGUCAACAAUAUUGCAGCUUUAGGCAAUAUGAUUAUGACACAGAAAGUAGAAUAUGAUUUCAAGUAUUAUAAAAUGGAGUUUGAAUCUGAUGUUUCUGUGCUUAUACUUUCGGAGGGAAAGUCUUUGUUGCCGAGCGACUACCAUCUCCCGCUUCGCCCCGAAGAGUCGUCAUUACAAAUAUUCGACGCGAUCGUGGAGGCAGCCACAUAUUACUUGAAGGAGGAUAUCAUGAAUGUCAUCAGGAAAUACCUAACUAGUCUUAAGCUCGUCAAGUACACUAUAAGUGAAGAUUUACAGUUUGUAGAAGAUGAUUUCAUAGAAAUGAGAAGCAAAGCAGAUACAGAUAAUCCAGUGACUGCAGAUGAUUUGCACCGGCUACUCGUAUUAGCUCGACUGGUUGGCCUGUCCCGAGGUUGUGACAGCCUCAACAAGGAAUGCUGGGACAUCACCAAGAACAUGGAGGCUGAAAGACUGCACAGAAUAAAGAAUCGGGUCGCUCCUACAUUAUAAGCUUGCAUUUUUUUUAUACUAAUAAAUUGUUUUUGAUAUU